AUGGCACUCUAUAAGCAAUUUGUGAUAUCUGCCGUUGCCUUGUUUAAUUAUACAACGACCAAAGAGACCAUGGUAGAGGCCCUUGUCUAUAGAAGCACUUCGGGAGCCGAAGCUGAUUACAAGCUCCUCCCAUGGGCAGUUCCGAAGCAAUCCUUUUAUGACCACCUCAACACAUACUACAAGGAUGUGACCAUGAGGGUUUUUAGGACCUGUUCAAAUUUUCCAUAUUUCGAGGGUAAAUUCCAUCCACCGUUUCCAAAGAUGACCUAUGUGGCCGACCAAUGUAGGCUUGGCGAUGACGAUCGGUUGCCAGAGAUUUGUCCUCCAGGAUUCUACAAGAUUGUGUUUAAGUGCUUUGGCGUAAACCAACCGUCAUGGAGUUUUACAGCAGUUUUUAGAUUGAAACCGAAACUUUUUUAG